AUGGCAGGACAUACGAGCUCGCUGGGUGCUCCGCCAGUGUCUGCCUCAGCAUCAACCCUCAUCCUACUCCAAGUCUCAGCCAGAACCCUCACCUUCAUUCUCAAUCAGAUUUUAGUCCGCCUCGUCUCGCCAAGCAUCUUUGGUCUCGCUAACAUUCAGCUCGAGCUGCUCCUCUCAACCAUCCUCUUCCUGUCUCGAGAUGCGAUCCGCACUAUCUUGAUCCGUAACAAGCCGGCCAGCCCAGCUCAAUAUGGAACAAAACCCGCUGGCCCUACCCAACCAGGACCGAGAAAAGGAACGACCAAUUCGGUUCACAACAUCGCGCUACUUCCAAUACCCAUCGGGUUCGCCUUCACUGUGGUGGUAUGCAGUGUUUACGCGCUCUACAUCUCCCCGGAGGCAAUGCGAAAUGUGCCGACCUUCUACACCAGCGUAGCGUUGUAUGCGGUCGGAGCGGCCAGUGAGCUCACGUAUGAGCCGCUGCUAAUUCGAGCUGUUCGGCUAGGUCAGCCCUCGCUGAGGGUGAAGGCGGAAGGUGCGGCUGUGUUUGCGAAGGUCACCAGCACUAUUGCUGUUAUUUUGCUGCUCCCACGGUGGACCUCGGCACCGUCAGCCCUCCGCGUCGUCGUGGCGGAUGAGAAAUCAGUAGCUCUACUAGCGUUCGGAGUCGGACAAGCAUUGUUCGGGCUCACGAUGCUAGCUGUGCAUAUUGCUCACUUUGUCUCUCGCUAUUCGAUCGGCCCCACCCUGGAUUUGUACAUUCCGCGACCAGAACACGUCACACGCAGCGAUGCUAGAGCCAGGACGCCAUCGAAGCGUACUGUGUGGCUAGACAGACCAACACUCUCACUAUGCGGCGCUAUGGCUCAGCAAGGAAUCCUCAAACACGCCCUAACUGAAGCAGACAAGUUUGCCGUUGCCAAAUACGCAACCCUCGAAGAUCAGGGUGGAUAUGCCCUUGCUUCUGCCUACGGCUCUUUGAUGGCACGGAUUGUGUUCCAACCUGUGGAGGAAACUGCACGCAUCGUUUUCUCUUCUGAGCUUGUCGCACUUGAUCCCGACUUCCCUUCCCCCUCCUCAAGUAUACCGCUAUCGACAUUGGAAAGAGCCAGUUCGAUGCUCUCCGCACUCUUCCGCCUCCAUUUCCUCCUCGCAUGCCUCAUGACGACCUUCGGCGGCCCACUAAGUACAGCAUUCCUAUACAUCAUGGCAGGACCUCGAUGGGCACUAGGCACGAGCGCACCGGAAAUUCUAGCUGCGUAUACUUUCUACCUGCCGAUCAUGGGGAUCAAUGGGAUAGUAGAAGGUUUUGUCCAGAGCGUGGCGAGUAAAAGACAGGUUGGGAAGUAUAGUAGGGUGUUGAUGGGGGCAAGUGUUGGGUUCGUGGGGACGCUGGCGGUAAUGAAGGGAGGGGAGCUUUUUUUGGCAAAGACAGGACUGGUUUGGGCAAAUGCACUGAGUUUGGGGAUUAGAGCUGGGUGGUGUUGGGACUUUCUUAUCAAAUACUUUGAGGUUGCAGAGAAGAGAAGCGGUGAAACGAGCAAAGAUGGUGUACUGGGUGGGAUUGCAGCUCGCGUCCGGCCGACGGCGGCAUUGCCAGCUGGACCAACUCUGGCUAUCUUCGGACUUAUCGCCAUCGCUUUGCGUGUCGGAGUACCGAAACUUAUGCCGAGCAAUGCUGAGUUGAUUGCGGUCACAGGAUCAACUCCGGCAUCUCGCACAGUCCGGUUGCAGGCAAUCCGUUCGCUCCUACCCACUCUUGCAUUGACCGGAGCUUGUCUUGCUGCUGUAGUGGGCGCCAUAGCUUUGUACGAGCGGGGUUCACUAGUUGGUCCUCUUCGCCCACUCAGUCGGCGGUCAGCAACGAAGAAGGACGAUCGAAAGACUCAGUAG